GGACACACGCAGGACAUGGGAAGGGAAAGAGGAACAAGCACACUGCUCAGCAUACCGUCACCGAUAUCAUUGCUAUCACCAUUAGUAUCUUUCGGACUAUGGGCGUCUGCAUGGGAAAAGACACGUCAGCAAUAACUUCCGACCUGUUGGACCCCGACGGGAGGUUUGUUUCGAGUAAGGGUGCGGAUGGCUCUGGCGGUGGUGUGGGGUCGACCAAGCUGAACAAUAAUGACGGGAUGAGGAACGGUGGGGUUGGUGGGGACGAGAAGAUAUCGCCGCCUAGAACGCCCAUCAUAUUCGUGCUUGGGGGUCCUGGGUCGGGGAAGAUUACGCAUUGUGACCGCGUCGUGCAGGAAAGGUCGGGCCUCGCUCAUAUCAACAUGACGGACCUCAUCCAACAACAUAUCGUCGGAAAUGGCCUCAACGAUUUUAGCCUCAUCCCACCCUCCAAUUUGAUAGAAGUAUUACAAAUGGAAAUUAAGAUGGCGGUGAAUGCGAGAGGAUAUCUGAUAAGCGGUUAUCCUCGGAGUAUGCGGGAUGUGGUGGAGUAUCAAAAUAAGCUUCAACGUAUCGAUGCCGUAAUUCUGUUGAAUUGGCAUAUUCGAAUUUUGGAGAAGCAAAUCGAAUACGGGUCUCAGUUGGGGGACACUGUUCUUCAACUGGCGAGAAUGGAGUUGAAAAAUUACUCGAAAAAUGUGUUGUCGGUGGCCGAGUACUUUGACCAACUGGACAAGCUGACCGUGGUGGACGGAGAAAGGCAGCCGACAGAGGUGUACGACGACUUUCUGGCGGCCGUUGAUGCCUCCCUUGCUGCGAUUCCGGCCGGUGGGUACAACAAAGGUGGCGGUGCUGGGAACAAGAGGCAGAACGGAGUGGGUGGGAAGAGUCUCAUUUCCGGAGCGGAUGUCCCAGCUCGUGCUGCGAGGGGGAUUGCUCAGCAAAUCUCGGUCGGACAAAAGGUGAUCUGGAUAAUUGGGGGUCCUGGUUCCAACAAGUCUCUCCUGUCCUCCACCUCCGUCCGCCUGCACCACUCAGGUCGGUGGGAGUGGAUCAGUGUGGGGGAUGAGCUCAGAAACAUCGUGGCCGUGGCCGGGGGAAGCACGAGCAAUGGUCACGCGGGGGGAAAGUCUCACCAGACCAAGAACCACCAAGUGCCCAACUUCCUUUCCCCCGACCAGAUCGUGGCUGUGAGGAACGCCCUCGUGAAAGGGGAGCUCGUCCGGGACGACAUUGUCCUCGCCCUCAUUCGUGACGCCAUGUCGAAGGCAAAAUCGAAAAAGUGUUUCGUACUCGACGGCUUCCCGAGAACGCUGAAGCAGGUGGAAGGCUUCCGUGACAUGUUUCCCGGCGUAUCGCCACCUCCACCCUGCAUUCUCGUGGACUGUUCGGAAGUCGAGCUAGGUCGGAGUUUGGGUCAGAGGGCGAACAACCGAUUAUCUCAGCACAGAGAGGACGACCUCAAUUCGGCCGCGGUCAAGAAACGUCUCCAACUUUAUAGAACCGUGACGCUACCGACAUUAAAGGUUUUGGAUGACCAGCAUCGACUCCAUAUUAUUGACGGUGACCUGGAGGACAAGGGCAGGAUCGUGGAAGAAUUUAAUGAGACGUUAGGCUCAAUAAUUGACAGUUAUGAUGAUGACCGUGAUGAACAGAAUAAGCGGACAAACAACCGACUGGGCGUGGCCCCACUGGAAAAAAGGAAACCAUCCACGGACACGAUUAACGGAAUGUAUAACGAAGUUCAGCAAAAUUCUGAGUGAUAGUUUUGGUCAAAAUUGUGAUGCAGGUCGUCCCGGUGGAUAUGUAACAAAAUGUGCAAAAUUUCAGUACUUUAUAAUUUGUACGUUAACUAAAUAUUUACACUAAUUAAGUGGUGGUGAAAGUCUCUCCAUUUAAUGAAAUGAAAUGUUGUACCUUUUUCCAUUUGUUCUUCUCUCUCUCACUUGUAAUAAGUACUUGUAUGAAAAUAUGCAAAUGGUUGGAUCGGAACGAGUGAGUUUGUAUUUUAUGAGUAUAUGCAUAAAUAAUUGUAAAUAUUUAUGGUUAAGAAAAUAAAGGGGAAUGUAUUUUUUA